CCCAGAGAAUGAUCAAACAUGGGAAAUUUUGAUGCUUUUGAAGGACAUACUAGACCUGGCAGCAUCAUUUAGAUUAACGGAAGAUUCUAUUGAUUUUCUCGAGGCCAAGAUCUCAGAGCAUAGAGGCUUACUUUUGGAAGUAUUUCCUCAUUUCAGAUUGCGCCCCAAGCACCACUUUGUUGAGCAUUAUCCACAGCUGAUGAGAAUACAUGGGCCACUCAGAGACAUGUGGACAAUGCGCUUUGAAGGCAAACACAAAUUUUUCAAACAAGUCAUUCGCAACACAAAAAACUUCAAAAACGUCACACAAACUCUGGCUGUCAGGCAUCAAAGAAUGAUGGCAUACCAUGUGGAUUCCUCCUCAUUUUUCAAACCUUCUAUACAAAUGGACAAGGUGACAGUUUCAUUGGUUUCAUCUUUCCCAGAGAAUAUUCAGAACUUACUGAAACAGAAGAAUGCAGCUCAGAACACUGUCUUUGUUGCAUCAUCUGUGAGCAUUGAAGGCAUCAAAUACAGUCCUGAUAUGAUUGUGUCUGUUGGUGCUUGUUCAGCUCUACCAGAUUUCAGGCAAAUUGACAAAAUCAUUGUCAUUAACAGUGAUGUAUUGUUUUUGUGCAAACAUCUGACAGCAUGGUAUAAUGAGCACCUGCGUUCUUAUGAGCUAUGCAAUCAUGGGUCAUCACUUUCGGUGCACAUGUUGUGUGAUCUGAAUGACCCGUUUCCUCUGGCAGCCUACAAAAUUAGAGGCAGAACAUUUGUGACCCUUAGACAUUAUAUUAUGUGCUGACUGGAUGUGAUUUGAAGUAUCAAACAGGAAUUUAACUUCAUUUUUUGGAAUCCUUUUUUAGAAUCACAACAAACAAUGGGGACACGGACCAUUCUACGAGUAAUUGUGCAUGACGGUGACAUUAGGAAGAUUACACUGAAUGAGAAACCUCAGACACUUGAAUCACUUGUUGAACAGCUUGAGGGCAAGCUGGGUCUUCAAUACAAGUUCUGCCUUCAGUAUGAGGAUCCAGAUUUCAACAAUGCACUCGUCAACCUGGCUGACAUUGCUGACCUGCCUGAGCAACCCACCAUAAAGAUCCUCUCCCUGGUGCCAACACCCACACCAAGCACUGCUGACACAGAGACCAUGUCUAUCUCCUCCCCCGAAAGUCGGUCAAGUCUUACAAGGUCUCCAUGGCCAGACAACUUUGAAAUUCCUUCUUUUCCUGUAGACAUUGAAUACAGAUUACGCCAAGCAAAUCUCCUCUAUAUGAGGGACAAGAAAUAUCUACAAGUGCCCAGGUACAUGAAGCAUGAGAUCCUCGAAAAACUUGCUGAGUCUAUUUACAGCUUCAAGGCAUAUCCCUGUGAUGAAGAAUACCUUGAUAUUGCAACUGCUCUUAUUCAAAAACAUCCAUGUCUCGCUGAACCAGGCUCCUCCAAUGGAUGUAAUGGCUGGAAAAAUAGCGUCAAAUUUAAAAUGGGUAAUUAUCGCACAAAACUACGCCGAGCUGGGUGUAAUGAUGUGGCCAUAAAUGAAGGGAAAAGAAAAGGCCAAGCGCCUCAAAGACCUUUCAAAAGACCCAAGCGGUUUGAAGUGAACUUCCUACCCAAUUUACCUGAUGGUGAAGAUGAGACUAGUAUGGAGUCCAAAAUAACGGAACUUGUGGAAGAGAUGAAAAAAAGAUCUCCAAAUGCCACUCUGUUAAACAAGAACAUGGACUCUACUUUUGCCCUGAGAAGAAGGGAGUUUGUGACCUUGGAGCCACCAGUAAAGGACAUCAUGGAAAGAUGGCCAGCACUCUUUGCUGAAAGUCAGGUAUUUUGAAACUGUUUACCUGUUUUAGGAUGGUUUAAAUUCGAAUAUCAUUUUAUCAUUUUGGUUAUGCACAUUUUAUCAAAACACAGGGGGGGAAAAAUGAAUUGCUUAUUGUAAUUCAGAGUCCCAAAAUGUCUGCUCAAACAAAAUCAACACAAAACAAUUACACUGGGCAGGAAACUAGUAUUGCAAAGCCCUCCAGAUAUACAGAUUUACAACACUUCUAUAUCUGAUUGUCUCAAAUUAUCCUACUGAAG